UCGCCCACCACCUGUUUGUGUCCGGUCCGCUGAUGCUUAGUUCCUUUCACUUUGACAUAUUCUUCGAAAUUUUGGAGUGAAUGAGAAAGUUCGGCUAUUGUUAUCGUCGUAGAUGGUAGUGGGAGGAUCAUAACUAUCUGUCAGGCCGGCAGUCUAGGCAUGAAUUGAGCAAUAUGGCCUCUGAAACAUCGGAAGAGCCGCCGUUGACAUAUGCAGACUUGGGAAUACCGACCAAAGAGCAUGUCACCACGGGAAUACUCGGCAAGUCAAGGAAGUUGUCGGAUUUGGAGAGAUGGGAAUGGGUGUUUGUGGCAGUGACUGGCCUGGGGCUUCCCGCCACACUCAUUCUGAGCCUCUACAAACUGUUCACUACGCCAACUGCAGACCCAGACUUUGUGUUUGCUCUCUUACUCGUCAUCAAUACUUUGUUCUGCAUGUACUAUGUUUUGCAUGGUGUACUACGUGAGCGCCCCUAUGAGAUUAUGAUCUUGACACUGGCCACUGGAGUGGUUUUGUUGUACAGCAUCCUAAACUAUGCCCUGAGUAAGCAGGACACAGUCAAACUGGUGCGGCUUAUUUUAGCUUGCAUCAUUGGGCCCUUCAUCAUUGCCCUCGGGAUAUAUAUUUCACGCCAGUAUUACCUGUCUGGGAACCUAAUUUUCCGCACUGUUGGUGCAAACUCUGCCCUACAAGACAUGUGCAAGGCGUUGUAUUUCUUCUAUGGAGUUUUGAAACUGGACCUUCAACUGGGGAUGAGUAUGGUUGUGUUAAUAUUAAGUACCUCCACCAAAGUGGAUGCUGAAGACAUUGUCGUGCUGAGCGUGGGAGGAGUUUUUGUGAUCGUCUGGUUUGUCAUUGGCUACUUGGGGGCUCGAAUGGAAAAUAAAAUUCUUACGUACAUAUUUUUUGGAGGAUGUCCGUUGGAGCCAGCCUAUAUCAUUUACAAAGUUGUCAAGGAUUCCUUGUAUUUGGCGUCUGCUCAGAAUCAUCGCAGUGAAUUGUUAGCGACUUGCACAUAUGUGUGUGCAGGACUUGCUCUCAUCGUUCAUGUACUUCUCAUCAUCGCCAUGGUGAUCGUCUUCAGGAAUUAUGGGAAGGGACUCAAAGGAAAAGCCUAUGGCACUGGUGAGGCACACUAUGUGGACCCCAACAAUAGCAUCAACAACCAAUCAGAUGAGGUGGCAGGGCUGCCUGGAGAUGCCUAACUGCAGUCUGUGGAGUUUUGUGAAAAAAAUGCUUGUCUGUUUAAAAGAUAGGUUAUUUUUUACAUAACGUGUUGUUCUUUUUUUUUUGUCAAAUAUCUAUCUCAAGCAUACCCUAGUGCUAUAUAGUUAUACAACUAUUAAAAUGUAAUGCUCAAAAACUGAAGUGUGGUACGUACGCCACAUAUUACAAGGAGCAUCACAGUUUAGCUACAACAGUUGUAAAUAAAUAUAUUUUAAGCAAUUUUUAUAAAACUUUACUGUAUAGUUUUAAGCAUGUUGAUUUGAUCUAGCAAUGCCAUUUGUAUAUUUUCACCGUCUUUUUAUUGUUAUGUUGAAAUCCCACUCUCAUGGUAAAGCAAUUUAGGAGCAUGCUAUAUGUGAAAUUUUGUGUUAAUUGUGAAGAGCUUAAUGAGAUAUUCAGAAUAAAUCUUUAAAGAGUUCGCAAAAUGAAGAAGCAUUUACUUUACUGGGUUGUCAUUCAUCCCGCUUGAGGUGCAGUGAUAUCCCUUUUGCUUUUGCCACGAUACAUCACCUCUAAACCUUAUACCCUUGGCAUAAACAAAAUAUCAAUGCAAGCAUCAGUGAAGUAAAAGAAUUUAUGAUGCUUAUAUUAUCAAUAGCUUACGUUUCCUUCCCUUUUUCAAAGGACUAAGUUAUUCUACACCUGAACAUUUUAAACUUUCCUAUAUACUUUAUGAUACUGUGUUGUGCAUAAAUUUCUGUUUUUGUUGUUACAGGAUUUCUCCUACAUACCUGUACAUGUACUAUAUCACAUUCAGCUGUUCUUUGGGGGGUUUUUUUUCUUUGUUUUUUCUUUUUCAUUAAUGUGCAUUUCUGUAGGAAAAUUUGUAUACAAUAUGUCCGACCUAAUGACUUUAUGAUGCAUUUUUGCUCACCUUGCAGUUGCAGAAUUAUAAAGUGUAUGAAAAACAUAUACUACAAGCUGAAUAUUGUUUUCUACCGCCUGGCCUUGUAUAUUGUAUAGUUUUAAUCACAUAGAAAUAUUUUCAUAUAUACAGGUCCGAACACAUGGAAAGAUGGAAAUAUUACCGUACCUUACUGUCGCACCGUUUUUUUAAAUAAAGUUAUUAUAGUA